AUGAUUUUUCAAUCUUUUCUACUAGGUAAUCUAGUAUCCUUAGGCAUGAAGAUAAUCAAUUCGGUCGUUGUGGUCGGACUCUAUUAUGGAUUUCUGACCACAUUCUCCAUAGGGCCCUCUUAUCUCUUCCUUCUCCGAUCUCAGGUUAUGGAAGAAGGAGAAGAAGGAACCGAGAAGAAGGUAUCAGCAACAACUGGUUUUAUUAUGGGACAGCUCAUGAUGUUCAUAUCGAUCUAUUAUACGCCUCUGCAUCUAGCAUUGGGUAGACCUCAUACAAUAACUGUCCUAGCUCUACCCUAUCUUUUGUUUCAUUUCUUCUGGAACAAUCACAAACACUUUUUUGAUUAUGGAUCUACUAGCAGAAAUUCAAUGCGUAAUCUCAGCAUUCAAUGUGUAUUCCUGAAUAAUCUCAUUUUUCAAUUAUUCAACUAUUUCAUUUUACCAAGUUCAACGUUAGCCAGAUUAGUCAACAUUUAUAUGUUUCGAUGCAACAACAAGAUGUUAUUUGUAACAAGUAGUUUUGUUGGUUGGUUAAUUGGUCACAUUUUAUUCAUGAAAUGGGUUGGAUUGGUAUUAGUCUGGAUACAGCAAAAUCAUUCUAUUCGAUCUAAUAAGUACCUUGUGUCAGAAUUGAGAAAUUCUAUGGCUCGAAUCUUUAGUAUUCUCUUCUUUAUUACCUGUGUCUACUAUUUAGGCAGAAUGCCGUCACCUAUUUUUACUAAAAAACUGAAAGAAACCCCAGAAACGAAAGAAAGUGAGGAAGAAACAGAACAGGAAGAAGAGGGAUUCACCGAAGAAGAUCCUUCUCCUUCCCUUUUUUCGGAAGAAAAGGAGGAUCCGGACAAAAUCCAAAUCGAUGAAAUGGAAAAGAUCCGAGUGAAUGGAAAGGACAAAACAAAGGAUGAAUUCCACUUGCACUUAAAAGAAGCAUGCUAUAAAAAUAGCCCAACUUCGUUAGAAAUACUUAAAGAAGAAAAGAAAAACUUCUUCGGGUUUGAAAAAUCCCUUCUUUUUCUUCUUUUCGACUAUAAACGUUGGAAUCGUCCAACGCGAUAUAUAAAAAACAAUCGAUUUGAAAAUGCGGUAAGAAAUGAAAUGUCACAAUAUUUUUUUUAUACAUGUCAAAAUGAUGGAAAACAAAGAAUUUCUUUUACAUAUCCACCCAGUUUAUCAAUUUUCUGGGAAAUGAUACAAAGAAAGAUUUCUUUGGAUACAACAGAAAAAUUCUUAUAUGAUGAUGAACUAUCCAAUAAUUGGAUUUCUACAAAUGAACAAAAAAGAAACAGUUUAAGCAAUGAAUUAAAUAAUAGAAUUACGGUUCUAGACAAAGACAUUUUUUAUAUAGAUGUACUCGAUAAAAAAACAAGAUUAUGCUUAGAAAACAAAAAUGAUAAAACUAAAAGGGAAUUUUUGAAAAAAAUACAUGAUCCAUUAUUAAUGGGAUCCUAUCGUGUUUUAAUAAAAAAAAUGGUUUCACCCUUUAUAAAUAUAAAUGAAACUACAGUGAAUAAUUUAAUUGAUAAAUUUUUUAUAAAUAAAAUUCAUAAUGUUUUACUUAAUGAUUCCAAUUAUCAAGAAUUUGAACUUAAAAAACCAAAAAUGAGUCAAUUUGAUGGAGACUCAACAUUCAAUCAAAACAAAAAUUUGUUAUUUUCCGAACAAGAACAAAUUAGUUCAGAAAAUAAAGAAAGAUUUUUCAAUUUUUUAAUUGAUACAACCACAGCAUAUGCGUUUACUCAACCAAUUUCAAAAAGAAUAAACGAAAUAAGAAAAAAAGUUCCUCGUUGGUCACACCAAUUAAUUAACGAGCCCGAACAAUAUGAAAGAGCACUUGAAAAAGACGUGGUGCUGGAUUAUGAAAUCCGCACAAGGCAAUCGAACCCUGUAGUGAUUUAUACGACUAAGCAAGAUAAUAACGAUGCAGACGAAGUGGAUUUGACACAGUAUGCCCAACAAUCUGAUUUUCGUCGAGAUAUAAUCAAAGGUUCCAUGCGUGCUCAAAGACGUAAAAUUCUUAUUUUGGAAUUGUUUCAAGCAAAAGUACAUUCGCCACUUUUUUUCAACCGAACAAAGGAAGCCUCUUUUUAUUCUGUGUAUGUUGUUACACUUAUUAGACGAGUUCAAAGGUAUAUGAGAAAAAAACCAGAAAUUCCACUUUCUCAACAGGAAAAAUUAAAGGAACAAGAAGUAAAGAAAGAAGAAUUAGCGGAAAAAAAAUUAGAAGAAUUUCUAUUAACGCAAAAGGAAGAAAAAGCAAAACUAGAAGAAGAUAAACAAAUAAAAGUAGCCGAAACCUGGGAUACCGUCCCGUUUGCUCAACUAAUAAGGAGUUUGAUGUUAAUGACUCAGUCCAUUUUUAGAAAAUAUAUUUUAAUUCCUUUAUUGAUAAUAGCAAAAAAUAUUGUUCGUCUACUAUUAUUCCAACGUGCUGAGUGGUCUGAAGAUUUCGAUGACUGGAGUAAAGAACGACAUAUUAAAUGUACCUAUAAUGGUGUUCAAUUAUCAGAAACCGAAUUUCCUCAAGACUGGUUAACAGAUGGUAUUCAGAUAAAGAUAGUAUUUCCUUUCUAUCUAAAACCUUGGCACACAUCCCGAGAUCUAAUAAAAAAACAAAAUCAACCAGAUGAUUAUUGUUUUUUAACAGUUUUCGGAACAGAAACUGACAGUCUUUUUGGUCCUCCCCGAAAACACCCUUCUUUUUUUAACCGUAUUUUUAAACAAUUAGGCAAAAAUAUUCGAAAGUUUCCAAAUACAAGAAAAUUUUGGAUUAUGAAAAUCCUUCUAUUUUUUAAAAAAAUAAAAAUAAUGUUAAAGGAAAAUCGAAUUCUAGGAUUUGGAGUGAGCGAAGAAUCUAGGGAAAUAAAAAAAGAAAAAGAUUCGAUAAUUACUAAUCAUAUGAUUAGGGAAAUAAAAAAAGAAAAAGAUUCGAUAAUUACUAAUCAUAUGAUUCAUGAAUCGUCCAUUCAAACUCGAUUCCUGAAUCGGACAAAUUCUUCAGUGCCAGAAAAAAAAAUAAAAGAUUUGGCUAAUCGAACAAGGACAAUCAAAAAAAAAAUAGAAAAAAUAUCAAAAGACAAUAGAAAAUUAAAUAUUAAUUCUAACAAAACACAUUAUAGUACGAAACGAUUCGAAUCGUUUAAAAAUAUUGGUCAAAUAUUAAAAAGAGGAAAUGUUCGAUUAAUCCGUAAAAUAAAUUCUAUUUUUUAUUUUUUUAGCGAAAAGAUAUACGUCGAUAUAUUUCUAUCCAUCAUUAAUAUUCCCAGAAUUAAUACACAACUUUUUCUUGAAUCAACAAAAAACUGGAUUGAUAAAUCCAUUUACACUAAUGAAAAUGAAAAAAAUCAUGAAAGGCUUGAGAAAACAAAUAAAAAAAAAAAUUCGUUUAUUUCGAAUAUAAAAAAAGCAUUUUUGCUGUUUUUUAGUAAUGACGAGAUUAAUAAGAAUUCGAAUAUUUUUUCUAAUUUGGCUUUUUUGUCACAAGCCUACGUAUUUUACAAAUUAUCUCAAACCCCUAUUUUUGACUUAUACAAGGUAAGAUCUGUUCUUCAGUAUCGCGGAAUGUCGUUAUUUCUUAAAAAUGAAAUAAAAGAUUAUUUUGGAACCCAAGGAAUAACUCAUUCCGAGCUAAAGACUAAAAAACUUCCGAAUUCUGGAAUGAAUCAAUGGAAAAACUGGUUAAAAUUGCAAAGUAAUUAUCAAUAUGAUUUAUCCCAGAUAAAAUGGUCUCAAUUAGUACCCCAAAAAGUGCGGAAUAGAAUAACUGAACAUUUUGCCAUUGAAAAUACAAAUAAUAUUGAAAACUUUUUAUUCUUAUUGCCAAAUAAAAAAUCAAAUUUUAAAAAGAACUAUAGAUAUGAUGUUUUAUCAUAUAAAUUUCUUUAUUAUGAAGAUAAAAACAAUUCAUAUACAUAUAGUUAUGGGAGCCCAUUCCAAGUAAAUAAGACCAAUGAAUUUUCUUCUAUUUAUAAUUACAACCUAAAUAAAGACAAAUUCAUUGACAUGUGGUGGAAUAUCCCUAUCACUAAUUAUUUAGGAAUAAAAAAUAUUAUGGAUAUGGAUAUAGAGAAAAAGACCGAUAGAAAAUUUUUGGAUUUGAAAAUUAUUCAUUUUUGUCUUCGAAAGAAAGUCAACAUUGAGGCCUGGGUCGAUAUCAGUAUUGGCAGGAAUGAAAAUACUAAAACUGAACUUAAGAGUUAUCAAAUUGUUGAUAAAAUUGAUAAGAAAAGUAUUUUUUACACACCAAUUUAUCAAGAAAUCAACCAACCCCAUCAAAAAAAAAACGUUUUGGAUUGGAUGGGAAUGAAUGAAGAAAUACUAAGUCGUCCCAUAUCAAAUCUAGACUUUUGGUUUUUCUCCGAAUUUCUCUUCUUUUAUAAUGCAUAUAAAAUGAAACCUUGGUUUAUACCAAUAAAUUUUCUUUUUUCAAAUUCGAAUGUAAGUGAAAAUUUUAGUGAAAAUAAAAACAUCAAUAGAAAUAAAAAAACGAAUCCCUUUAUACCUUCAAAUGAAAAAAAAUAUUUUGAAUUAAAAAAUAAGAAUCAAGGCGAAAAUGAAUUUAUAAGUAAAGAAACUCUUGGAUCAGAUGGUCAAGACAACUCUGAAUCUGUUUUCUCAAAUGGACAAAAAGAUAUUGAAGAAGAUUAUAUAGGAUCAAAUCUGAAAAAGCCUAGAAAGAAAAAACAAUCCAAGAGUGGUAUAGAAACAGAAAUGGAUCUCUUACUGAAAAGAUAUUGGCUUGUUCAACUUCAACUCAGAUGGGACAAAACCUUGGAGAAAAAACUGCUGAAUAAUAUCAAAGUAUAUUGUUUCCUGCUUAAAUCGAUAAAUCCAAUAGAAAUUGCUAUCUCCGCUGUAGAAAAAAGAGAAAUGAAUUUAGAUAUACUACCACGUAACGAGGAUUUCAUUUGUAGAGAAUUGGCGGAAAGGGGACUACUCAUUAUUGAACCGUUUCGUCUGUCUGCAAAAGACAACGGCCAAUUUAUUAUAUAUCAAACGAUAGGUAUUUCAUUGGUGCAUAAGAGUAAACACCAAAAAAAUCAAAAACGAUAUAGUGAAAAUGUUGAUAAAAGCAUUUUCGGUGAACGAGACAAAAACCAUUUUGACUUGCUUGCUCCUGAAAAUAUUUUAUCUCCUAGGCGUCGAAGAGAAUUGAGAAUUCUAAUUUGUUUAAAUUCAAGGAAUAAUAAUAAAGGUAUGAAUACAAACCCAACAUUUUAUAAUGGAACUCAGGUAAAAAAUUGUAGUCCAUUUUUUGAUGAAAACAAAGAUAUUGAUCGAGAUAAAAAUACACUUAGAAAAUUAAAAUUAUUUCUUUGGCCAAAUUAUAGAUUGGAAGAUUUAGCUUGUAUGAAUCGUUAUUGGUUUGAUACUAAUAACGGAAGUCGUUUUAGUAUCUUACGAAUCCAUAUGUAUCCGCAAUUAAAAAUAAAUUUAUGA